UGCACCGGCGCGGCGCGCGGAGCCGGCCGAUAUGCCCUGCCUGCCCGGGGAGCGCUUUCUGCUGCUGGAGCGCUCGGUCGCCGUGGGGCAGGCGGGCUCCAAGGACGUGGACGCGCUGGUGGCCAAGCUGGGCGAGGUGCUGCAGCUAAGCGCCCAGCGGGCACCGGCCCCCCGCGGCCCCAAGCACCCGCCGCCCACCACCGCCCGGGGCCGCGCCGCUCCCUACUCCCCCCGCGGCAGCGGCCUCCUGGUCCCGCGGGGCCCGCCCCCCCUGCAGCCGCACCAGCCCGCGGAGCCCCAGCGGCCGGGCAAGAAUAGCCAGCGAGUGGCCAAGCAGCUGUGCGGCCGGGGCUGGCUGCGGAGCGCCUCCCACAGAAGGAAGCGGCCGGGACCCGGGGAAGCGCCCGGCGAAGAGGAGGAUCCGCACCGGCUCCUGCAGCAGCUCAUCCUCUCCGGGAACCUCAUCAAGGAGGCCGUCAGGCGCCUGCAGCUGGCGGCGGCGGCCGUGGCCACAACAACCACCGGCGGCAGCGGGGAGGGGGAAGCAGCAGCCCUGCAGCCUCUGCAAUAG